CGGCUGUGGCUGUGGCGCUGGUAGGUGGUGAAUGGAGCGGAAUGGAGGUGGAUAGUGUUGCAGCUGUAAUGAUGGGUUACCACUGCAGGUAAAGGAUGAAAACAUCCGUCCGCGCCCGAGAGUGCGGAGUCAGCGCGCCGAGCUCGAGGAACUGAGUGAAUGAAUGUGUGUGAGAAAGUGUGUGUGAGUUUUAACGAGUGGCUGUGAGGAAUAUGGGACCAAUAUUAUGGCCAAAAGGGAACAGGUUUCUGGCUCCAGUGACCCGUUCGAGUGCUGACCGCUGGAGCGUGUCCUGACCUACCUGUCCUCCCCUUCUUCUCUCGUCGCAGACCCGCGCCUCUUCCCCUGCCUUUCGACUUCAUGAAGAUUCGUCUCAUCGGUGAUGUGAUGAAUAAAUUUGAGGUCCUUGGGAUUGUAGGAGAGGGAGCCUAUGGGGUGGUUCUAAAAUGCAGGCACAAGGAGACUAAAGAGCUUGUGGCCAUUAAGAAGUUUAAGGACAGUGAAGAGAAUGAAGAGGUGAAGGAGACCACGCUGCGUGAGCUAAAAAUGCUCCGCACGCUAAAGCAGGAGAACAUAGUGGAGCUGAAGGAGGCCUUUCGCCGCCGGGGAAAACUCUACCUGGUGUUUGAAUAUGUGGAGAAGAACAUGCUGGAGUUAUUGGAGGAAAUGCCCAAUGGAGCGACACCUGAAAAAGUCAGAAACUAUAUUUACCAGCUUAUCAAAGCUAUUCACUGGUGCCAUAAGAACGAGAUAGUACACAGAGAUAUCAAGCCUGAAAACCUCCUCAUCAGCUCCAACGACAUCCUCAAGCUGUGUGAUUUCGGCUUUGCCCGGAAUCUCUCAGAGGGCAGUGAUGCCAACUACACUGAAUACGUGGCCACCAGGUGGUAUCGCUCUCCUGAGCUGCUUCUUGGGGCCCCGUAUGGGAAGGCUGUGGACAUGUGGUCAGUAGGGUGUAUUCUGGGCGAGCUGAGCGAUGGACAGCCUUUGUUUCCGGGAGAGAGUGAGAUUGACCAGCUCUUCACCAUUCAGAAAGUGUUGGGGCCUUUACCGCCAGAGCAGAUGAAGCUUUUCUACAGCAACCCCCGUUUUGCAGGCCUGAGGUUCCCCACCGUCAGUCACCCUCAGACUCUGGAGAGGAGAUACCUGGGCAUCCUCAAUGGCCUCAUGUUGGAUCUGAUGAAGAACCUGCUGUUGUUGAACCCUUCAGAGCGCUUUCUGACUGAGCAGUGUUUGAACCACCACGUGUUCCAGGCACUGCGAGUGCUAGAGCGGCCAGCACCCCCCUCUCCUACUCCACCACGUACCUCCAAAAGAAAACCCUACCAUGGGGACAACACCAUCCCCAGCCGUAGUAAGAGCUCCAGUCAUCGUCGCUCAAACAGCAAAGACUGUUCUUCGCUGCCACGUCACGAGGACCUGCACCGCAGCACCGACAGUUUCCUGAACGGAGGCGGUGGUCCCAUGACAACCAGCUUGAGCCCCACUCUGCACCCCAAGAGCUACCAGAGCCAGACCCUGAACCGCUCUGUCUCCUGCAGCAAAGAUCUGGCCAACAGUAACCUGCCCCACCUCCUCAGCCCCAAAGAGCCCAAAGGCAAGACUGAGUUCGACUUUCCCCUCGGGCCCAAAGCUGGGGUCUCUGCUGGGGUUGACAGCUCCACCGGCAAGUACAUGAAAUCAUCUAAAAACAGCCGCCACUCGUCCUUCCUGGAGGGCAAGACCAGUACACUGCAAUCAGGAGACAAGCAUGGGCGCCACAGCCAGAACUACAUGGAGAGCUCACAUGGCUCCAUGCCAUCCUCGUCGUCCUCCAAGAGUGCCUCAUCGUUCCUCAGCCUGUCUAAGAGCCAUGGCGCGCUGAACGACGCCAAGUCCAUCGGCAGCUUGGCCGAGUCGCGCCUCCACCUGGAUGAGCCUGUGUCUGGUUCGGGUUCAGGAUCGGGUUCCGGCUCUGGAUCCCGCUACUUCCCAGCAAGCUGCUUGGAUCUGAACGCAGCUCCAGGCAGCCCACGGGGAGAACGGCACUCAGGCUCAGAGCGGCAGGGCCACAGCCCAGCGGGGAGGGGCAACACACGGCUGGAGGGUGGCACCCUGGACUCGCGGCGCUCUUCAGGCCGUAAGAAGACUCCAGAUGAGCCGAAGGCCCCAGACACACUGGACCCGGCCAGGGCUGCUGCUGCCGCCGGUGCCCAUACGCUUUCGGCACCGCACGAGUCCUUCCCUUACGGCCUGGGCUACACAAGCCCCUUUUCGUCUCAGCAGCGCCCCCACAGGCACUCAAUGUAUGUGCGGCGAGAGCGACACCGGACCCAUGGACAGGAGGCCCUUGCUGUGGGUCAGGGUGUCCCGACGCGGGCCAGCAGCCUCCAGAUGCUCUCCCCACAGCUUCCCCACCGCACGUUACCUCGCCACCCCACUAGCUCGUCCAGAGAGGAACUAAAUCAGGAUCUCAGCAGGAGCGAACAGUCUCCCAAAGAGAAGCCUCACUCUCACGGCCCGAUUAAAGACUCGACGAGGGACAACACUGCUUCCUUCCACUCACAGCGCCCUAAAAACGAGGUGGGGAUGUAUCACGACCCACACGUGGAGGAUGGAAACUCGUCCAAAGAGAACAGGAUUAUCUACAGCGACUCUAUGCCUCGGAGAGUGGGCAGCUUCUACAGAGUUCCGUCACCACGGCCAGACAACUUCCACGACAGCGGAGGCCAGAGCAGAGUGCCGACUGUAGCAGCAGACAGCGUCGCUCUGACCAACCACUCCAAACGCCAGACCAACUUUGACCCCUGGAAUAACACAGAAGCAAUGGCCAUGAACCCACCCGAGGUUCCGAAACAGAAGGAAAAACAGGGUUUCUUCAGAGCAAUAAAGAAGAAAAAGAAAAAGUCGCAACCAACGGAGGGCUGCGAGGGAAGGAACCCGAGCAUCAAGAAAAGCCUUUUCCCCCUCUUUAACUCAAAGAAUAGCUUAAAGCAUAACUCCUCUGUGCUUCCUGUCCUUACUCAGCCCAUGGUUCCAGUUGAGGGCCAGCAGGACCAGCUGGUUCUCCAGAGACCGGUUAAAUCCUCUUCUCAUCACAGCAGCCGCCACCGGAACCGAGACAGGGACCGGGAGCGGGAUAGAGACAGGGAUAGAGACAGGAAUCGAGACAGAGGCCGGGACCGAGACAGGGAGAGAGACCGAGACAAUACCUGGCCUACAGAGAAACAUGCAGAUGUUCAACCUCAGAACCAGCCUCUGAAGUCUCUGCGUAAGCUGCUGCAUCUCUCCUCGCCUCCCUCUUCCUCUCCGGCAAGCCAGCCUCCUCCCCCUCCUCCGGACCGUUCCUCCGAACUGCGCUUCCAGCCGCUUCCAAACCCUCCCCCCAAAAUACCUCCGAACAUGCCUGACGCCCGGGGGCUUCCGGUGGGUAGCCUCACUCCCAACACCAAGAGCCGCAAGCCCCACAACUACCCUCUGCCGGGGCAGAUCGAGUCCACCUGGCACGCCUCGGCUCUGACCCGUGCCGAAGGGGCCCCCUACCCCGACCAAAUGGCCAGCAAAGGCGGGCAGAACGGCAUCGGCUUUGCCAGGCCCCCUCGCGCCCGUAUGCCAAACCUUAACGACCUGAAAGAAACGGCUUUGUAGGGAAACAGGCCAUCCCCUUCUUUUCAUCAGGCUACCCGGGGGGGGAUGCUAAACCAUACCUACCGCUCACGCACAGCGAUACGCCAUGCUACUCCUCUGACCAGACAGAAGGUGGCAGUAGUCAUGUCGCAAAGUUUGGGUUUUUUGAUUUAUUUUAUUUUUUUGUUUGUUUGUUUUUUUGUUUUUUAAGCAUCCACAUUUGAUAGAAUUUGUAUUAUCGUUCAUGACUUCUGGGUUCUGAGUUUUUCCGUUGGAUAUCUUAUCGACAAUAAUGAGAUGUAUCUACGUAUUUGUACAUUUAUUGGUGGGGGAAACGAAAUCUGUGGAAUAGUAAAAGCUUUAGUUUAUACACCAGAGAAUGUAUAAAUACUCUUAUGUGUAAUAAUUCUAUAUUUCAUGGAGAUUAUUUAAUUAAUUAUGAGUGUCUUAAUAUUUACAUUGUACAGAGUGCAUUUUAUUGUUGUAACAAACAGUACAUAUUGUUAGGAUUAUUACUAUUAAUCUUAUUAUUAUUAUUAUCAUUAUUAUUAUUGUUUUAUUUCAUUGGACAUUAUUUAGUUCUAUUAUUAAUUAUAAAUUCUCAAUCUGGAGGUGUAGACCUCUUAUUCCUCUAACCUCUAGCAUUCUGCAGGUUAAGGUUUGAAACCCUGGGAUGAUCUAACUCUCCUUGACCACAGCUAACUAGCUAAGCUAAACUAUCAGAGAGCAUUAUUAUUAGUAUUAGUAUUAAUAUUAUUAUCCCCAAUGUUGAUUGGUUUUGUUUCUCAUGAAAUUAAUCUCUUCAGCCCUAUCUGGAUGGGAUUAGUUUCUCAGGGGGAUGUCUAUGAAAAAUAUUUCACACAUCUAACCAGUUAUAAAACGCUUUCAUUCUGACUGCAAUUUAAAAAACAAUAGGAACAGUGAAUUUUUUCUUGUUCACAUGACAUGGCGUUUAGUGGCUCCUCCAUUUCUACCUGCCGUUGUGUUUGCGUGGAUCUCCGUGGAAACGCGCACCCAAAGUGUAAUUUAGGGGUGUAGCAGUGGACAAGUAGCUAUUUUAUUAAACGCGAGGAGACGACACUUAGAGAUGUGCAUCUGGACAGGGCUAAAAUUACCACACAGUGAAAAACAAUAGAUAAUUCAGCCUGUCAUUUUCUCAGAGGACAUGGUCGUUCCGGAUGGGAAUAAAAUCACAGAGGACCCCCCCAAUAAAAGAGAAAAUUACCCCAGGACCCCCCCUGAGAAACUAAUCUUGUCCAGAUAGGGCUUUAGAUUUCUAGGUUUCUUGGAUUUAGAUGGUUGCAGAAGAUGGUUGCAAGUGGUUUGAGUAUGUCCCCUAAAACAAAACAUUAACCACAGUCUGAUUGGCUGGAGAGGCUGAUAUUGUACAGUAGAAGGAGCAGCCAGCAGGUAAAAUACGGGCUCAGUCCUGCAGGCUUAGUUCAGUUCGAGUGUGUGUGUGUGAGUGAACAGGGAGAUGUAGGUUCUCUGUCAGUAAUGUAUUUCAGGCUGGUGAGUGACCUGGCAACCCCCACCCCAGGGCAACCCCCCAGGGAUUCACUAAACGACUCUUCAUUCCAGACCCCAUCAGCUGAUGGCAGGUGUGACUUUGCCUUCGGCUCCACGCGCUGAUUCACAUGCAGCACCAUGCAGGGGCCACCUCAGAUGGUCCAGAAGGAGCUAAUGUACCAGUAUGACUUUGUACGCUUAACUUAAGGAUGGUAGCUAGCUGUUCUAGCUGUUCACGUGAAUGUAGUGUGUGUGUUUUCUUUAAGGUCUUAAAGUAGUACUCUAGUGUUUUUCCAAACUACAGUAUCAGCCAUGUCUGUAUCAUACCAUUGAUUAGACGGAUCAGUUUAAAAGCAUUUCACUGUACCAAAAAAUACAUUUUUGAGUACAUUUUGAAUUUAAAAGGGCAAUAAACCACCUGAUUUUUGCUGACUCUGCUCUUAGCCUAAAUUAGAAAAAGGCUAAAAACCUGGAGGGGUAGUUUGGGAGGGGCACUGGGUGAUGUUUGGGUUUAGAGGCUGGGCAGAAGGGAGAGCUGAUUGGCUGAACUGCAACAGCAGCAGUGUGUCUCUGAUAGUGGCAAGACGCAAAUGGCUGAACGUCAGCAGAGGGGUAGUAUUGUAAACUGACUGAUCUGCAUAUUGUGAUGUUGUGUCUGCGUACAAAAAGUAAAGUCCACAGACACGUCAUCCUCGCCUAUAGCAGAGUUGACCUGAGAGGGCGCUGCAGAGGCAGAAAUUAAGGCAGUAAUAGUGUUUUUAAAGGUUAGGAAAUGUUUAGAAAAUUUUAAGCAGGUAUUUUUUUAUUACUUCAGAUAAACACAUAUCAGCUAUUAAUGAAAAACAAAUAUGGUUUAGGGUUUUGUGGCUCUUUAAGAGCCUCAAAAUAGAUGCUAUUUGGCAGUUGUUGAGUACAGUCCAAUGAAAAACAAGUAUCUCCAAAAUGGCAACUUUACAGGAUAGAGAUAAAAUCUUUAACCUUCAAUGGUCCGUCAACCGUCAAUGUAAAAAGAGUUUAUUUCAGGGAAUUCCUAUUGUUUCAUUCAACACAGCCACUUUGACACAUUAUGAGGGGCAGUUUGUGUGUUCAAGUUAUGUAGUAACUAAAAGUCCACAAAAAUGAAGAUACUUGUUUUUCAUUGGACAAUAUCGAUAUUUUUGUAAAUUUUAUCUGAAAUGGGAUUUAUUUGGAAAGAAUUAGGUGGGGAGAUGGAGUAAUGUAAUUUUACCACAGAACUAAUUUUACUUUAGACCUUUAGUCAUGAGGUAUAAUUUGAGUUUUAAGCCACUUCUUAAUGACAUGCUUUACACAUGCAUUUCUGGACAAGCUGGGAGAUACAGAACAAGUAUCCGAAAGUGAAAACAGUCUACAGUAAAAAUGCAAAGUUUGUCAUUUUACAUAAAUGGAGUAUCACAAUGAUACAGCCAUUCAGCAAGUUUACAGCCAUUUUUGCCUUGGUGAUAGCAUUAUUGGAAUUACAGUGUCAUUUCCAGCGUGUGUGCUGGUUAAUAGUCCAUAUUAAAAAAAAACAUUAGCAAAUUUUAAGUACCUGCUAAUGUUUGUUUGUGUUGUUUUCUCUUGUAAGUUGGUGCUUUGGCGAACAUAUGCAGUUUUUUUUGUUUGACUUUAGCUGCAAGCUUCAGUUCUUAUUUAUCAUCCAGUUUAUUCCACUGCUGUGACUGGCAACAAACUAUGGACAAAUUGAACUCUUGGCGAAACAUUUUGCUGAGAGCGGCGGUACACUUCCUUCAUCCAUCUCCUAUCAUAAUCAUAAAUGCAGCAUUACAAUUAAGGAGCUAAGAAGAGACAGACUUGAAGGGAGUGCUCAACAAAAGCUGCUUUUUUGUGCUGGAGUUAUGUUGAGCUUCCCUAAAUUGACUUUCUCUAAGGUUUCCUGGCACUAAUGUAUGAUGAAGCAGAAAACUCUUAAACCCAUUCAGAUAGAAAUGCACUGUUCAGAGUUUUUGGGGCAGAGUUUGAUUGCCGAUCGCCUUUCAUAUCGAUCAAGCGAUUGCCGAUACCGAAUUCGUGCCGGUCUUAAUGCCACAUUAAUGCCACACAGGUGCCAGGCAAACCUGGUGCAGAUUCCCCUUAAUUGCAGCCACACCUAAGCAAACACUGGAAAUUUACGAGAGUGAAUGAACAAAAUAGUUUUACUGACCAAAAUAAACGCUUUACAUGAGAGAUAAAUGUGUAAGUAGUUAAAAGACGCCAGAAUUUGUAUAAGACGCAAAUAAUGCAGUAAUGGGUAUCCCAACAUCGACUGCCUCACAGGAGUCAGCUUAUUCCUAAAAUAGCCCAUAUUUACUGUUAAAUGUAUAUAACUAACUUAUCAUUAUAAUGUGGCACUUAAUCUAAGCUUUCUGUACUGAUUUCUGCCCCGAUAACCUCCAAUUGCCUUUAAAAGUCUUCAGUAGUCAACAGUCCUGCCUGGUGGCCGUGUUUAUAGUUAUAAACACUCAGAGUGAGCAGUGCGCUGAUUAACCAAUGUGCUUUUAAUUUUAGUCAUCCAGAGCUGUGGCUUUCGCAGUGCGUCCAGUACGGAGUCCAGGAGCUCUCAUGUGCUCACAGAGAACUGCAGUGUGGAGCUCAGGGUGGAAAUAAACAAAAACUUCUGCAUAUCCAGCUUUAAAAACAGUCAGAACUAUAGUCCUCUAGCUCCGUAAAUCUUCCUGCUGCUGUUAGCUUGUGAGCUAACUAGCUCCGUGACUCCUGCUGCUGUUAGCUUGUGAGCUAAAUAUCUCUGUGACUCCUGCUGCUGUUAGCUUGUGAGCAAGCUAGCUCUGUGACUCCUGCUGCUGUUAGCUUGAUAGCCAACUAGCUCCGUGACUCCUGCUGCUGUUAGCUUGUGAGCUAGCUAGCUCUGUGACUCCUGCUGCUGUUAGCUUGUGAGCUAGCUAGCUCUGUGACUCCUGCUGCUGUUAGCUUGUGAGCUAACUAGCUCUGCGACUCCUGCUGUUGUUAGCUUGUGAGCUAGCUAGCUCUGUGACUCCUGCUGCUGUUAGCUUGUGAGCUAACAAAAAGUGUUCUUUUCUAAGUUCCGCCAUAGAAGUGUCAAAAUGAUCAGUGUCAGUAUGAUACAGAUAUGUAUAGACUUGUUGGAAAACACUGCAGUACCUUUAAGUGUAGGAUUAACUGGUGGUUUAGAUUUUCAGUGUUGAGAAUGCUGACGAUUUUCCUCAGAUACACAAUCAGGUAGUAGUGAUAGGAAGUUAUUCAGAAGAUAAAAAAGCACAGCUUUAUUAAAGGUGUAUAAGAACUGAUGUAAUUUUUUUACACUGAGCUGGAGAAUUGUUUAAUAUCCGAGCUACAGAAAGGUUAACAUAUUUAUAUUUCUAUAUCGUACUCAGCACAUUUAUUUUAACAUUACAUAACACUGUAGUAUUUGGCUUAGAGAAUGUUCUAUAGAUGUAUAUGAGAUGGAUAUUUAGAAUAUAAGGGAAAAGGAGAGUGAAUGUAAAAAGUGAGCAUAAUCAUCGUACACUGACUAAAAGUAUCGGCUUCCAACAAUUUUUUUUUAAUUCACUGCUAAAUGUUUUUUUCUUUGAAUGUAACUUCUGACACCAAUAUUAUGUUAUCAUGGGGAAAGAAAACUAUAAUUAUUUAUUACUACAUUCUCAACAUUUUAAAGCUCCAAUUUUACAAUGUUAACUUAAUAUUUUUUCUUUCCUUCUUUUCGCUUAAUUUAAAGAAGACAUAUUUGUUUCCUUUUUGAAGUAUUGUUUCUCAAUGGUGCACUUUAAACAGGUAUUUUCACACAAGUGUUUUGUGCCGAUAUGGUGUUUUAUAAACAGCAAUGAAAACUUUCUGUCUAUCUUAACCACUUUCAAGCGAACCGGACUGUACGUGGAUUUUUCUUCAUGAAAAACUGUGCGUCAUCAGGACAGCGAGAGUUAUGUGCGAUGUUGAAAACGUGCAGUAAAGGUUUUGUACAUUGAAAUCACUACCAUAUAUUAUUUGUUAUUUUAAUUUAACACAAGACAAACUGAUACUGUUUACAUUCCAUUGUUUUUCCGCCCACGCCGUCACAACAUUCAUUGUCUUCUAUCAUCACAUUUUUUCACCAACAGUCAGAGCUACAUUAGAAAGCACCUUUCUUGCACAUGUUAAAGUCCAUAUAGAAGCAUUUAUUAGAAUUCAAAUCUCAGACCCUGUUUACACCUGGUGACCCACUGUGAAUAGUAUCUGGAUUGUGUCCUGGUCACAUUUUAACCACAUGCAUUUACACUUGGUAGUCAAGAACUGAAUACGCAAAUUGCUGGGAGAAGUUUCAGUUGUCAAAUGUGUCUGGAAGUAAUGUAUGUGUUUACACUGCUGUAACAUGGCUCAAGUGUGUCUCAGACCACCAAGUGCAAGGAUGGCACCAAAAAUCAGGCUCAUGAAAAAUCAUUAUAAUAAUAGUAGUCAUAAUAGUGACAUAUUUAAAAUAAAAAUAUGUAAAUAAUGUUAAUAGAUAUAAGCAAUGCAAGACAAAGCUGAAUCUGUGCAGAAAUUUUAAUGUGUGUCUAAACCGUCUUUUACGGUAGCCCCGUGCACAGUGGAGCUGGGGUGAAGCUGCUCACUCUCUCUCGCUCAUACAUAAAUCAUACAAAAAUAAGAAACCACUUAAAAAUGAUGAGUUUCUUUGAUUUUAUCACAUUGGAAACCUCUGAAAUAUAAUCAAAACUUUAUUCAUUAUUUGAGGUCAAAAAGUUAAGCCAUUUCUCAUUUUCUGCAAAUAAAUGCUUUGAAUGACAAUUUUUUAUUUGGAAUUUGGGAGAAAUGUUGUCCGUAGUUUAUAGAAUAAAACAACAAUGUUCAUUUUACUCAAACAUAUACCUAGAAAUAGCAAAAUCAGAGAAACUGAUUCAUUAUUUUUUUUUUCGACAAUCCUGACAACAGUUAUUUACAGGACGAAAAUGAAAAUGUGAAAAAAGUUAAUUUUGUGUAAACAGAAUCUGGUCAAAGUGCAUCUAUAUACAAUCCAGAUACAAAACACAUGUUAAUGCCAUGUGUGAACAGGCCUGAAAUCUUAAGAGCUGAAAUCUAGCCCUAUGUAGUAGUGAUUUUAGGUCCGCUGCUAUCUAACUGCCAUUCAAUAUAACAAGUGAGUUUGUUUUGUUUUACUUUUUGUAUUUUUCUUUACAGGUAUAUAAUAAUCAUUUUAUUAUUUAAUAUUAUACGUGUAGCUUCUUGUGCUUAUUCUUAAUUUCAGUUACAUUCCUCAGUGUCUUCUUUUUGUGCCUGUACUGAUUGUGCAUCUCUCUGUUCUGUAUUGAAUUAACUCAAUGACCUGCCUUGGCACAGUGCAGACUGGCAGCGUGUGCCACCACAAUGCCAAGUAAUUUUUGCAUUAGCCAGUCAUUGGCACCUUCAGAGCUGAACAGUUUGAGGACUGGCGGGCUGCAAGGAUGCGUUGUCCCUGAAUGCUGAUUUACAACCUGCCACCCUGACCCAAAUCUGAGCAGAUCCUUAAUGUUGUAUUCCCCUGCUCUGUGCUGGACAGGAAUAGCUAUACAUAAUGCAGGAUAAGCUUAAAAUGUGAGCAGGACAUUUCCAUAUUGCUAAACAUAUUAUGAUUAAAGUACAGUUUACAGCUUGGGUACAUUUUAUGGCAUUUGCUUGGCAAAUAAAUUGGCCUUUAGUGUUAGUGAGAGUGUUGCAAUGUUCUGGUAAAAGUGGAUCAGACACAGCAGUGCUGCUGGAGUUUUAAACACCUCAGUGUCACGGCUAAACUGAGAUUAGUCCACCAACAGCUGCGACAGGUCACCUGACUUUACAUCUUCAAGGUGGAGGAGCUCUAGGUAGGAGUGUGUAAUAGAGAAGACAAUGAGUGGACACAGUGUUUGAAAACUCCAGCAGCACUGCUGUUUCUCAUCCACUUAUGUUGUACCAGUACAUUGCAGCGCACACUAAAUGCCUGCUGGGUCCUUCAAAUAAAUAACUGGGGGAACCUUCCUCCAGAAUUUGAAAUGGGGAGUCGUACAUAAAUUAUGCAAUUUGGUCUCAGGUCAGUAGACUUUUCAUACUUCCACCAGCAUCUCAACAAGCCUGAAAGUAAACAAUGGCAAUUAUGAGGGAACAUUUUUCAUAAUUUGCGCAAUGCAAACUGACUCUUUGUGCAUUUUAUUCGUUAUUAGCUAUUUUUAAUAUCCUAAGGGAAAAGGGAGCUUUUCCUUGUUCUAAUGGUCAUCCCAUAAAGCUGUUGACCCCUAAAGCUGUUGACCUGCAAGGCUGAUGGCUUUAAAAUCAGCCUCGUCCACGUAUUCAAGUUCAAAUUCAAGUCCAACAGCAACUGCCAUUCCUGCCAUUUCACAGUUCGAGCAGCAACUGUAAACUGAAUAAUGUUCUCUCUUAGCCUCAGCAUGUCCAAAUGCCUUCUGGGAAGUUAUUCACUAAAUGAGGAAAAAUAUAUGUGAAUCUGUGAAUGUAAUCUGUCUGGUUCUGCUACUACAAAUAGGGACCAACACACUUUUUCUUUUUUUUUCCCUUUCCAUUAAAGUUUGUGUCCACUCUUUUUUGUUUCUUUGUUUGUUGGUUUGUUUUUGUUUCCUUGUCCACUUCAUACUUAUGAACUUAUCUGAUUCCUCUGUGCCAACUUUUCAUGGAAGCUCCUCUAUAAGCCAGGACAUUUCCAAACGUUUAUCAGCGAUUAUAGGGGUCCAGGCGCAUUUUAAAAUCUCUCCUUUGCACAUUUGCAAGUCCAUACCUCCCAGUCCCCCUUUUAACUUUUUAUGGAUUCUACUAGAAUGUAUUUGGAACGACAUCAGUAUUUAAUAUUUAGUGUAUGAAUUUUUAACUCACGUCAAAGGGUAUGUGUGUCUGGCAGGUCCUGGUGUGUGCGGCUGUUGUUGAUGUGUGGGUGUGUAUGUGUGUGGGCGUGUGGAAUAGAAAGAGACUCUCAGGGGUCCAACUCAGAAGAUACUGAAGUUGUUUGUCUAAAACUAUAUAGAUCCUGUGGUCAUCUCAUCAUCUAGCUAACCAGGAAAGCAUUCUGAGGAUCAGGAAGUAAAGGGAAGCUCCAGUGUGGUCUAGUGUACUGUGGUACACUAUUGUGUUUGUAGCAUACGGUCGACUAUGCCAGCCAAUAAUAAUUCCCCUGCUCUUAGCAAAAGAACACAGGCCAUGUUUACUCGUGUAUAAUGCAAACUAACGUGCAGGUUCUUCUGGGGUGGUUGACCUCAGGCUACACAUACAACGAUAGACCAUAUUCAUGCCUGGCUUUAACAUGCGUCCUGGAUGAUCCGAGCACAAAAGUACAGGUGUGAACGAGAAGGCAGCAUAAUCCAAUUACUCAAAACAUGUUCAGAGGUGGUCACAGACACAUGUGACCAUAGUAUUAUUGUAGUGUGAAUGGCAACGCGUUAAUACUUACAAACGCGAGAAUACACCAGCCACCGUCUGACAGAGUUAGCUGAGAAUGCUACAACAACAAGUUAAUUAAUAAUGGCAAUCCUGUUGGCUGGGGAUCAAGCGACACUAGCUGCCACAGUUUGAUUUGGGUUAAGGACUCUUAAGGUGUUCUCACACCAGAACUAUUUGUUUUGGUUAAAAGUAAAUCUGGUUCAUUUGUACCCUUAGUGCGGAAAGAUGUGUGAAAACAGUAAUCGCACUUGUGUGCAGAUCAAAACAACCGUAGCGAAAUCAACUAGUGCAGGUGGUCUCGGUCCGGUCCCAAAUGAAAUCUGGAGCGGUUUACUUGUGCCGACAAUGUGUUCCAGUCUUGAUGCGACCCAGCUAUCAAAAAUACUCCUUUUAUUGGAGCUAAACUGCUUGACGCAGUUUAAUCUGAUAUAUAUUAGCCAGAUAACGCUAAUUACCACAGCUAUGGAAAAAAUGCUGUCUGCUCCAUGCUGUUUACAAGGGCAGUGUAUGCUGCGUUCACUGCUCACUGCACUGUGUACGUCUGUGCUGCACGUCCCAUUGACAACACUGUGUUCAAAAGCGCAGCAGCAAAUUUUCAGUGUUAAAGCAGCUUUAUACUACACAGAUAUACACGCUAGAACACAGAAUCUUCUUGCUAUAUUUACUUUCUUGCUCCUGCACUAAAAAGCUCUGACCCAUCAGAGGAGACAACAUGCUCACGUGGUUUACUGGUGCCCAUUUUGGUGCGUUUAGGUGUAUACCUGUGUGAAACUAAACCAAACAGAGAAAAAAACGCUACAAGUUAAAGAACUCAUCAACUGAUCCAGACCAUAGAAAUGAACUACAGGUGUAAAAAUGUACUUACUUACUGAAACUGGUCCGCCUCCAGCAGAAAUGAUACCUCAAGAAAUCUUAUAAUUCUUAUGAUUGGAUCACCCAAAACGGAUGCUAAUGCCAAGUGUGAACAGGGUUGAUACAAGGUAGCCAAUUAUUUAAGAAAUAGAGUUGUUGCUGACCCCUCUCAGAUUCAGUAGUUGAAACUAGGAGAAAACGGCUCAGGCCCGACCGCCCCUGCCUCAUCUUUUCCGUUCAUUUCCAUGUCAUGUUCAGCAAACAGUGUCCUCUUCAGCACCACAUUGACAACAUUGAUUCCGUUAGCAAUCCCAUUUGCACUCCAUAUACACUCUGUCCUCGUCCUGAUUCCUGUGUAGGCCUACAGGGUCCAGGCUUCUCCAGGGCCCAUGGAAGAUUUGGCAUCCUGACUGUGUUUGUUUCAAGUCUAAGCAUGUCUGACACAAACAGCAUUUAUAAUGUAUAUUGCCCUGUAAUCAAUGAAGAAUAAAAAUGAUGUCCUCCCGAAAA